AUGUUUCAUGUGAAUAGAAGCCUUGGUUACUCGGGAAUUUCUCUCCGCUUCCAGCAGCCCUCAAACUUGAACAUGCCUGUCUAUGAGGUUGUUCAGUCACCAAUCUCUGAGGUCGGUUUGAAGGACCGCACCCUCCUUCAACCUGUGGUUGACCUGCAUACCGCGACAGAUGGGUGCAAUGGGAUGUCAUUUGGCACGACCGAAGAAGACCCGUCAAUAGGGUGGAUGUUUAUUUCAUGGGACUCUUAUGAGCACCACAAAGCCCUGAUUGAUAGUAUCAUUGAUAACCCGGCCUAUUCUACCCUGACCGAUAACCUCAACACAUUUUGGGCGAAAGGACCAGAGGGUGUGUCUAUAGUCCAUGCCACCUUCGACCAGGACCCAACGGCGGCCUUGACGGCACCGUGUACCGAGAUCGUCUCCUUGACGUUGCGGGAAGGAAAAACCAAGGAUGACCUGUAUGCCGCUUUGGUGGCGUUCCGCAACGCAGGAAUGGAAAAGGAGAAAGGAGUCCACCCACCUCUAGCGUGUGGUCAGACUCGGGAGGAUCCCAAUAAAUUCUUCUUGGUGGUUGGGUGGGAUAGUUCCAAGGCUCACCAAGAGGUGGUUAGCAACGAGAUAUACCAGCCUUACGUUGGACUCCUUGGGCAGACCGCAGACAUGCAGGUCGUCCACGUGUCGUUGAAGAAACAUAAUUAG